CACGUGUUUAUUUUGCCUUGUGCCUCUCAUCAGGUCUCUUCCAUGGGUGACAGGGGAACAAGCAAUCACUCAGAAACGACUGACUUCAUUCUUGUAGGCUUCAGGGUCCGCCCUGAACUCCCUAUUUUUAUUUUCCUGAUAUUUUUACUUAUCUAUGCCGUGAUCAUUUUAGGCAAUGUUGGGAUGAUGACCAUUAUUACAACGGAUCCCCAGCUGAACACACCGAUGUACUUCUUCCUAGGCAACCUCUCCUUUAUUGAUCUCUUUUAUUCAUCUGUUAUUGCACCCAAAGCGAUGAGCACCUUCUGGUCUGAGAGCAAGUCCAUCUCCUUUGCAGGCUGUGUGGCGCAGCUCUUUCUCUUCGCGCUCUUCAUUGUGACUGAGGGAUUUCUCUUGGCGGCCAUGGCCUAUGACCGCUUCAUCGCCAUCUGUAACCCACUCCUCUAUUCUGUUCAGAUGUCAACGCGGCUCUGCACUCAGCUGGUGGCUGGGUCCUAUUUUGGUGGCUGCAUCAGCUCAGUUCUUCAGUCCAGCAUGACAUUUACUUUAUCUUUUUGUGCUUCUCGGACUGUUGACCACUUCUACUGUGAUAGUCGCCCACAAAGACUAUCGUGUUCUGACAUUUUUAUCCAAAAAAUAGUAUCUUUCUCCUUAUCCAGCAUCAUUAUCUUGCCUACUAUCAUAGUCAUUAUAAUUUCAUACAUAUACAUUGUGUCCACAGUUCUAAAGAUGCGCUCCGCGGAGGGACGCAAAAAAGCCUUCUCCACUUGCAGCUCUCACCUGGGAGUUGUGAGUGUGCUGUAUGGCGCUGUCUUUUUUAUGUAUCUCACCCCAGACAGAUAUCCUGAACUCAGCAAAGUGGCCUCCUUAUGUUAUUCCCUAGUCACACCUAUGUUAAACCCUUUGAUUUAUUCUCUGAGAAACAAGGAUGUCAAAGAGGCUCUGAAAAAACUGCUAGAGAAGAAACAUACUAUUCUCUAUUAA